UGUGGGCGGUGCUUCUGUGGCGGGCUCUGGCUCCGGUGCCGGGCCAAGCGGCAGCUCGGGGACGGGUGUUCUGAGUCGGGCCUGGUCGGGACAGGUGGGUGAGAGUGUGAUGACACCGUGGGGGCCAGCUAAUGUCAUCUGGCUUGCUGUGAAUGAGAGCAGUCCCGGGAGCCUGUUGCUACAGUUGUGUGAGUUGUUGGCGACAACUCCACUGCAAGGCCUUGUGUUUGAAGAAGAAAAGCCACCACCACCCACCCGUGCACCGUUAGCACCGAUGCUGGAGUUCGUUUCAGCCCAAACAGGAGUGCCUGUCAUUGCUGUGGGGGGAGGGGCCGGCCUGGGGAGGGAGCCACAGGAAAGUGGCUCCGUCUACUUGCAAUUCUCCUGUUCUACUGCCCUGCAACUGGAGGUCAUUUUUGAAGUUUUGGAGGAGUUUGAUUGGACGGCGUUCUCUGUGGUUACCACACGCCACCAUGGCUACGAGGACUUCAUUGCUAUGGUUGAGGGCAUGAUAGAUGGCUCCUUCAUCGGUUGGGAGAGAAAGAGCGUGGUGAUGCUCAACCUGACCGAUGACCUGGGAGGUGCUCGCACCCGCAGGCUACUGAAGGAGAAUGAAGCACAGGUGCGACUCCUAUACUGCUCGCAAGAAGAGGCAGAGCACAUUUUUAAAGCGGCAUGGGCAUCAGGGCAGGCCACACCUUCACACAUGUGGUUUGCAGUGGGCCCAGCUCUUUUAGGACUUGGUCUAGAGGGUCUGCCCAAGGCCCUGUUUGCAGUACGACCCCAGGGGUGGAGGGAUGAGCCACGUCGACGAAUCGCAAAGGGUGUGUCGGUACUGACACAUGGAGCCAUGGCUUUACGUAGGGAGUACGGUGGGGCUCGAGGUACAAGCUUUGCCGGGAACUGUGUGAUGGAUGGAAACCAAACUCAGAGGGUGCAAGGCAGGAUCAGGUUCUUCAGUAACAUAACUCUAUCUGGACGGGACUAUUCCUUUAAUAAUGAUGGUUAUCUGGCAAAUCCGCUUCUGGAUGUUAUCUCCUACUCUGCAGGAAGAGGCUGGGAGGAGGUAGGUUGGUGGGAGAACGGAGUGCUGCGUCUGCGUUAUCCACCCUGGUCCCGUUACGGCCCCUUCCUCAAGCCUCUGGACGAUUCCCAGCACUUGCGUGUUGUCACACUGGAGGAGAGGCCGUUUGUCAUCGUAGAGCCUGCUGAACCUGGAACAGGCUCCUGCAUCAGAGACUCUGUACCGUGUCGUCUCCCACUCAACAACAGCAUGGUUGUUGAGGGCAUUCAAUCCAUGAAGCACUGCUGCAAAGGCUUCUGUAUUGAUGUUCUCAAACGCCUGGCUAAAAUAGUGGGCUUCACCUAUGACCUCUAUCUGGUGACCAAUGGCAGACAUGGAAAGAACAUAAAUGGAGAGUGGAAUGGGAUGGUUGGAGAGGUGGUGUCCAGGCGGGCUGACAUGGCGAUCGGCUCCCUGACUAUCAAUGAAGAAAGGUCAGAGGUUGUGGAGUUCUCUGUUCCUUUUGUGGAGACUGGCAUCAGUGUCAUGGUCUCUCGUAGCAACGGCACUGUGUCACCAUCUGCUUUCCUCGAGCCAUACAGUCCAGCAGUGUGGGUAAUGAUGUUUGUCAUGUGUCUGACGGUUGUGGCGGUGACCGUCUUCAUAUUUGAGUUCUUCAGCCCUGUUGGAUAUAACCGAAGCUUACAAAGUGGCAAGAAGGCAGGAGGUUCAAAGUUCACCAUAGGGAAGUCUAUUUGGCUGCUGUGGGCUCUGGUGUUUAAUAACUCUGUUCCGGUGGAGAACCCAAGAGGCACCACUAGUAAGAUUAUGGUGCUGGUCUGGGCUUUCUUUGCUGUCAUCUUCCUGGCCAGCUACACUGCUAAUCUAGCUGCCUUCAUGAUCCAAGAAGAGUAUAUUGACACUGUCUCUGGCCUCAGUGAUAAGAAGUUCCAGCAGCCCACAGAGCAGUAUCCUCCUUUACGCUUUGGCACUGUCCCGAAUGGGAGUACAGAGGAGAAUAUACGAAGCAACUACCCCAGCAUGCAUCAGUAUAUGGUGCGGAAUAAUCAGAGAGGUGUAGAAGAGGCCAUUGACAACCUUAAAACUGGAAAACUGGAUGCAUUCAUAUAUGAUGCAGCUGUCUUGAACUACAUGGCACGUAAGGAUGAAGGCUGCAAAGUGAUGACCAUCGGCUCUGGCAAAGUGUUUGCUACAACAGGAUACGGCAUUGCCUUACACAAAAACUCACGUUGGAAGCGGCCACUAGAUCUUGCCCUACUACAGCUAGUUGGAGAUGAUGAGAUCGACAUGCUUGAACGACUCUGGCUCUCUGGCAUCUGCCAUAAUGAUAAGAUCGAGGUGAUGAGUUCCAAGCUGGACAUAGACAACAUGGCAGGGGUAUUUUAUAUGCUUCUCGUAGCCAUGGGCCUAAGUCUGCUGGUGUUUGCAUGGGAGCAUCUUGUCUACUGGAAGCUCCGCCACUGUUUGGCCCGUUCUGGAGGACUGGACUUCCUACUCGCUUUCAGUCGGGGAAUGUACAGCUGCUGCAAUUUCGAGGAUGAAACAGCUCCUGGAGGUUCCCAAAGCACACUUCCUCAAUAUCAUCAUGUUUCCACCGUUCCUCCUCCUCCCCCACCUCAUAUAAUCUCUACAGCUGUGGCCAAUCCCUCCAUCACUAUGGCACAACAACAGCAGCAACAAAAAAAACAACACCACCAGCAGCCCCCAGUUUACAACGCCAUUCUUCCUGGCUCACCUCCAUCAGGUGGACAUUCUGGCAUGGCUUUAGGGCCAUCGAACAGUCCCAUUCUUGGAGCACCUAUGCCAUGCUCUACAUUCCUACCACGCCAUGAUCGCAGAUUAGCUGUGGUUGAUCGGUGGACACGUCCAAAGGUGGGCCCUGAAAAGCCCAGUGGUGUGAGCAGUGGGAUUACAGACAUAUCACAAUUCCUGGGAAUACCCCCUCACUGGGGCACAGGAGUAAGUGGAGGGGAGGGGGGUCUGGAUGAAUACAAAAGAUACUAUGGCCCAAUUGAUCCAGAGGGCUUGGGUGUUUCUGCAGAGCCAAAAAAUGUAGGUACCCUAACUCCAAAAACUAAGCAUCGUGGGACAAAAUCCUCUGGAAAUCCAAGGUUACCUCCAAAAAGUCAGGUCUCUGGACAUUUACCUAUUAACCCUGCUUUACCACAUCCCUCUUCACCUCAUCAAACCUUCUGGAGGAGAAGCAGCCUCUCAAAAAGGAAGGGCUCAGGGGGCCCACUGUAUGAAAACAUCCUUCCCCUCGGGAGGAGAGGCGGCGGAAGGUACGGAGUAAGGGAUGGGGGUGGCAGAAGGGGAUGUCGCCCUCCACCCCUCCCUCUACCUGUACCUGUGCCUUCUCCUACCCAAACUCUGCCCUCGCCUUCUGCAUCUAAAUGCUACACAUCUACUUCUUCCAGCAGCUCCAGCACCACCAGUUCAUCCUCUUCUUCAGAAGUAGUCUCCCGAUCCAAUUCUCCCUCCUCCUCAUCAUCUUAUACAUCAUUACAUAGCUUCAGGUACCGGACAGAUGUACAAGAUGUAUGUGAGGACUAUGACACAGAUGAGCUUACAGAGGAGUCCAGCUUGCUUUUGGGGAGGAGAAAAAGUCAUUCAUGCAUGUCCUCUCGAUCCCUGCCCAGCAGUCCUCCUCCACCACCCAUACCACCCCGCAAACCAUGUACAGAGAGGGCGCAGAUGAGAGACAGAGCAGGCAGUCAGCUUGCACAACUUCAAGAGUGGUGGGCAUCUUGGGGGGAGAAAGAAAAUAACAGAAGAGCAGCUGGCAACAGAGGAGAUAAAGAGGAUAAACGACAUCACAAAGAGAGAGAAAGGGAGAGAAAGAGGAGGAAGAAGGGUAGAAAAAAAAAGAAGAGAGAAGAGCGUGAAAGGGAAAGGGAGCGUAAAAGACGUAAGGUGAAAAAGAAAAAGAAAAAAGAGGAGAAAUCCAAGAGAAGGGAGAGGGAAAAGCGGUCUGAACAAGAGGAGGGUGACACUGACAGGAAAGAUGUUUUCGAAAAAUUAAUAGGACAGGAAUACUCUUCCUAUCCUGCACUGAGGCGAAGCUCUUUCCAAAAGAAAAGUGAAAGCUCUACAAGGAGUUAUGAGUGGGAUAUUCCCAGAGAAGGAGUAAAGAGAGAAAGGGAUAAUCAAGCAGGCGAUGAUGAAGAGAGAAGUAGAGGAAAGGAAAGGCAUCACAGAAGCCCUAAAUCACAUGGACACUCCAGGCCAAGGUUUAACAACAAGCAUUAUACCAGCUCAAACAAGCCUUCUUCAACUGUCACAUUUUGGGGUAGUGGGAAUCCAACUUCAGAAUCUCCGUCAUCUUUUGUUCCACUGCUUCCACUCUCCUCCAAAAGACGAAAGUCUGUAGUAGCUGAGCGAGGAAAAGGUGGAGAGAGUCGCCCCCUUUUGGGAAGGAAUGGGAGAGGUAAGGCCCGCUCGAGAGAAGGCCUGUCAUUUCAUGAAUGGGAUUCUGAGGAGGAAGAGGAUGUGGAGUCAGACGUGGAAAGAAGUAGACCAGAAGACCAGGCGAGACGGAGAGAAAGCAUAGAAAUGGACUCAGAGUCAGAAAGGGAAAGAGAAAAAACUGUUGAGAUAUACACAGAUGAUGAAGGUUCCUCUGGAGAGUUUGGUAAGUUUGAGAGAUAUUGGGAGGGUCAUGAAGGAAGGGCUGUUGGAGGCAUUGGGGGAGGAGGAUGGUUUUUUGGCACCUACCCAGCCAGAGAAAGAGCAGGCAGUAUAAACAGUAGAGAUGACACAUUUUUAGGAUGGGGUGGUGGAGAAAGCAGCUUGGGGUUCGGAGCAGGAACAGGAUGGGGAUCAGGAGGGUCAGGAUCAAACCGGUGGCCUCCAACUCCAUUGACUCCCCCACCCCCUCGAAGAUAUUGGUCUGUAGACAAGUUACCAAUGAAGACUGAAAAGAAGUUUAAAAGCAGGUCCCAAGUAAAGAGUAGUGGCCACACAUCCUGUUCCUGCCAGUCACCCCAUCACUCCGCCAACAAUCACUCCAAAUGGAAUCGGAUAACUUCUCGGAGUCAGGAGGAGCUACUCCAUUGCCACAAUUUUAGCAGCAGUGUAAGACCCAAGCGGCAGUCAUCCAAACCGGACCGGGCUCAGAGCCAGGCAAAAUCUGGAAGCCAAUCCAACCUUAAUAUACAAAGACUGCAGUGCUCAGACCGGUCCAGACAACAAUCAUCCCCACCUCAGAGUCUAUCACCAUCUUUACCCCCUCCAGUGGUCCCUGCACUCCCAGCACCACCAUCUUCCUCUCAUCAUAUACAUGUUCCUCCACCUACCUCCUCCUCAUCAGUUUCCUCCCCUUCAGUUGUCUCAUCUACACCUGGUGCCCCACAGCCCUCCUCCUUGUCGUCCUCUAGUGCUAAGCUCCAAUAUCAAAAACUCCGUUCGGUUCCCCAAACCCAAAGGUAUCAAUCCCCACAUGUUCCCCUCAAAACCAAGAGCCUGUGCUCACGUCGAGGCUCUGCCCACUUCUCCAGUGUGGAGAGUGAGGUCUAA